AUGCUGCCAUGGCUGGCCUGGGCAGCCUGCGUAUGGGCACUGGGGUAUGCUGCGCGACGCACGGUGCGCCGCAGCCAAGUGCAAGUCGCGCCUGGUGUCGUGCAUUACGACACAGUCGCGUUGAAUGAGUGGCCUGCUGCGAUCGUUCGGCCGUGCAUGUACGGCCGCGCCUAUCGUGCUGUCCUGGCGCUGUACGACGUGGGCGUCGUGGUGGCCGGUCUGGCUAUGGUCGCGUCCCUUGCCGUGGUGCUGGUGACGUGCUGUCAGCUGUUCCUGCGUGUGUCGCCCCGACUGGCGAAACGCGAUGCCAUACCAGAUGCUGCGCCCCUUUGGCUCACCCCCCUCGUGCCGGGCGUCAAUCUCCCUCUGCGACACGCCGCGGCCCUCGUGCCCGUGGGACUCGUCUCUCAAAUGCUUCACGAGGCUGGCCAUGCUGUGGCUGCCGCGCUGCACCACGUUGAGCCUCUCUCUAUCGGCCUCUAUGUUUUUUUUCCUGCCAUCCCCGUGGCGUACGUCCAGCUGCCGGAGCAGCUUCGUGGCCAACGCGCGCGGCUUCAAGUAGUGAGUGCAGGGGUGUGGCACAAUGCUAUGUUGGUGCUCUGCUUUGUGCUCGCCUCGUCACUCGCCUCGGUGUUUUGGACGGAUGCGCAGAGUCUGCGUGUCUCUGCACCUGGCCCCCUCCGGGCGGACGUGCCUCGGAACUCACGGAUCACGGCGCUGAACGACGUGCCUGUAUCAGCCAUGCCGCCCACCGAACGUCUCCAUGCAUGGACACGCCUCGUCCACGAUACCCCAUGGCCCGCUGAGCCGGGCUGGUGCAUCCCGCCUGCGACAUGGACCCAAGCGUCCGACGCAUGCUGUCACGAGCCGAGUGACUCGCUUGCUUGCUUUUCAAGUGCCUCGGAGCAGCGAUGUAUGCUGCCUCUGGACAUCUUCGUGCAUUCUACACGAUGCCACGAUACGUGCUCCCAGGGCUUUUGUGCCGCCCCCCAAGACCCACUGGCGCGUCUCUACCUUGAUGACGACCUCGUGGUGCUGCGGGGCCCGUUUCGUGGCUUGUCUCAGACGAUGCGCAUAUCCACGAAGCAGCUGCGCUUUCCGUGGAUCUACCUAGUACCAGAGGUAUGGGCCGACACACUCGCUCACUACGGCGCGUACCUCUACCAACUCGUGUUCAUGGUCAACGUGGCCCUCCUGCUCAUCAACAUGCUCCCUAUACCCGCGCUUGAUGGGAGCGCCUACCUCCAACACGCCAUGGGCCUCCCUGUCCCCUUUCACGAGGCUUACGACCUGGAAGAUCCAGCGGCGAUGCCGCGACCGACCGGCCAACGCCUGCUACUUGUCAUCCAAGGCACGACAUGCAUCCUGACAGGCUUGGCGCUCGUAGGCAGCAUAUGGGUCUCGGCACUCCCUACAUAG